ACGGUGUCGAACAGGCUGAGUGUCUGGUUGUGAAACUGCUAUAACUAAAAAUCGUCGGUUGGGACGAUGGAGUUCAAGUUACUCUUCGCGUGCAUCUUCCUGUACGCCGCAACCAUUUCGCAAAUCAACGGAACUGAGCAUCAUGGGGGAGGAAAACAUGCAACAGAAACGCAUCCGGAAUUCCAUACGAGCCAACACCAACAUAAGCAUGAAGCAAAUCAUCAGGAGCCGAUGCAUCAACCGAAUUGCUGGGAUGUUAGGUGUAAGGAGAAUGAAGUAUGCCGUCUGGUGAACGUACAAUGCUUCACUGAACCUUGCUAUCCGGUCACGGAAUGUGUACCACGAUAUAAAACCAUGGAGACAACCAAAACCGAAGAAUCAAGAAUUGAUGAGAAAUCGGAGAGUGCGAAGAAUCCUGAGAUGCUUGAAAAUCAUGAAAAUCCCGUCAACCCCAAAGAUUCCGAGAAUCCUAUAUUUUCCCAAGAUGGUGCCUCGGGUUCUGCCUCAUUUCCGAACCAAAGUCCGGUAGGCUCUGAAUAUACCGCAAGUUCCGUGAAUCCUGGAGGUCCCGAGAUUCCUGCUAACUCUGAAAAGUCAUAUAAUAUGAACUACAUGAAUACUGGAAGUCCAAAAAUUCUCAGCAACUCUGGAAAAUCUACAAAUGAAAAUGAUUCAAAGGGUGCAACCAAAACGCAAAGUUACGUGAAUCCAGGUGGUCCUAAAAUUCCUGUUGACUAUGGAAAAUCUGGAAAUAAUGCAGCGGGUACAAGCAAAGACCAAAGCUACGUGAAUCCUGGGCGUCCUCAAAUUCCUUCUGACUCUGGGAAAUCUGGAAGUGGAAAUAGUCCAGCGAGCGCAAACAAAAAACAAAGCUACGUGAAUCCUGGGGGUCCUGAAAUUCCUGCAGAUUCUGGAAAAUCUGGAAGUGGAAAUAGUCCAGCGAGCGCAAACAAAAAACAAAGCUACGUGAAUCCUGGGGGUCCUGAAAUUCCUGCAGAUUCUGGAAAAUCUGGAAGUGGAAAUAGUCCAGCGAGCGCAAACAAAAAACAAAGCUACGUGAAUCCUGGGGGUCCUGAAAUUCCUGCAGAUUCUGGAAAAUCUGGAAGUGGAAAUAGUCCAGCGAGCGCAAACAAAAAACAAAGCUACGUGAAUCCUGGGGGUCCUGAAAUUCCUGCAGAUUCUGGAAAAUCUGGAAGUGGAAAUAGUCCAGCGGGUGCUAACAAGAACCAAAGCUAUGUGAAUCCUGGGGGUCCUGAAAUUUCUGCUAACUCCGGAAAAUCCGGAAAUGGAAAUAAUCCAGCAGGUGCAAACAAAAACCAAAGCUACGUGAACCCUGGUGGUCCUGAAGUUCCUGCAAACUAUGGAAAAUUUGGAUAUGGAAAUAAUCCAAUGGGUGCAAAUAAAAUCCAAGGCUACGUAAAUCCGGGUGGUCCUCAGGUUCCUGUAAAUUAUGCAAAAUCUGGAAAUAGUCCAAUGGGUGCAAACAAAAACCAAGGCUACGUGAAUCCUGGUGGUUAUGAAAUUCCUGCAAAUUAUGGAAAAUAUGGAAAUGGAAAUAAUCCAGUGGGUACAAACAAAAACCAAGGCUACGUGAAUCCUGGCGGCCCUGAAAUUCCUGCAAAUUAUGGAAAAUAUGGAAAUGGAAAUUACCCAAUGGGUGCGAACAAAAACCAAGGCUACGUGAAUCCUGGUGGACCCCAAAUUCCUGCAAACUAUGGAAAAUCUGGAAAUGGAAAUAAUCCAGUGGGUACGAACAAAAAUCAAGGCUACGUAAAUCCUGGUGGUCCCCAAAUUCCUGCAAACUAUGGAAAAUUUGGAAAUGGAAAUAAUCCAAUGGGUGCAAACAAAAACCAAGGCUACGUGAAUCCUGGUGGUCCCCAAAUUCCUGCAAGCUAUGGAAAAUCUGGAAAUGGAAAUAAUCCAACAGGUGCAAACAAAAACCAAGACUACACGAAGACUGAAAGUUCUGAAACUCUAGAUGACUCUGAAAAAUCAAAUAAUGAAACAAAUCCAGAGGGUGACAACAAAGAAGAAAGCUACGAAAAGCCUAAAGAAAAAGAUUCUAAAGCUUCCACUGACUCUGAGGACUACGACAACAAAAAAAAUCUGAAGGGUUCGAAAAAAACCAAAGCUGUGUAA